GGCCCGGGUGCGCGACAUGCGAUGUCCGACGGUCCGCUGAUGGCAGACAUUUGAGAGGUCAACCUGAAGCUGAUCUGCCUGCUCUUUGCAUUGCAGUCGCUCGUGGUUGUGGCGUGUAUCCAGGGUGACGGCGAUAGGCGACUCGGCUACGCGCGCAUGCCGCCCCUUGCGCGGAACCAGCUACCGUGCGGUCUGAGACCUGCUCCUGGUUUCUUACUCUCACCUUCUUCCCUUCCCACCUCCAUGGCUCGGCUCUAACGGGCAGACUACCUCACCCAGCACACUAUAAUACCCCCCUACACUCAUACUAAUCAAGCCCCGCUCACCGCGCACCUGCGAUACCGCCGCCCCGCCAUGCCGCUCUAUCGCGUCCUCCCCGCAGCCCCCGCGCCCCCUGCCCCUAAACCUGCGACGCCCCCGCUCCCCGCAGAGCUCACGGACUACAUCCUCGACUGCCUGGAAGGGAACAGACCCACCCUCUUCUCCUGUGCGCUCGUCUGCCGCGCCUGGCUGCCCCGCGCGCGCCACCACGCCUUCCGCACGCUGCACCUCACACCCGACAACGUCGACGGCUUCCUCGCACUGCUCACCGCGCCCUCAGGCACCCUCGGCCGCGGGCGGACGCGCGCACUGCACGUGCGGCAGAACGCGACGCACGGGCGCGAGCCCCUCCUCGACAAGCUGCUCGCCGCCUCUCUCGUCCCGGACGCAUUCGCGCACGUCGAGCAGCUCACGGUGCUGUACGCGAACUGGACGCCACGCGCCGCCGAAGCGCGCUUCGGGGCGUUCGCGCGCGUGACCGUGCUCAAGCUCUGCCUGCCGGGGUACCCGUCCGUCGACGACUUCGUGGACUUUAUCUGCGCGCACCCCGCGCUGCAGGAGCUCAAGCUCGACAUGCCGCGGGCGGAGAGGGCAGGUUCGGGGCGGGCGGGGCCGCAUGACGGGGUCCCUUCGCUGGAGAAGCUGACCCUCGAACACGUCCCCAUCCCCUUCAUGCACGCGCUCGCGAAGCGCGUCGUGACGCCUAACUUGCGUUCGCUUGCCGUAUCCCUCUCCGUCGGCAUCCCGAUACUCGCGGACAACAUGAGCAACGAUCUGGAAGCGGUGCAGCAGCUGCUUGAUGCGGCGCUCUACCUGGAGACCUUCGAGUUCCGGGACACAUUGAUGAUCGCCGGGGAGUUCGACCUCUCCAACGCCAUAGACCUGACGAAACACCGCGAUCUGCGGUGCUUCCGUCUCUACGGGCUGCCUGAGCGCAUGCUCGCCCCCACACUCUCCGGCGUCUCCGCCCAGGUGCAAGAGGUCGAAGUCUGGCUGCCCAACGUCUGCGAACCGCGCGACCUGAGCGUCAUGGGCAACUGGCGCACGCUCUCCGACGUCCUCGACGACUUCCAGAUGCUGCGCCUCCUCACCGUGAACCUCGUCGGCGUCUGCAAGCGCGCGGAUAUCCUGGCCACUGUCCGAAACUACGACAUGAGAGCAGUAACGCGGUUCGACGGAUGGUCGAAGGACGAUGCGGCGAAGGGCAUCGCCGAGGAGCUGAAGUCCCUUCUGCCGAGCUUGGCGCAGAGCGGGAGGCUGAAGGUGAUCUACUGAUUGAAGAUACGGACUUUCUUUAUGGUAUAGCGAGGGUAAUUGGGGACUCUAGACUUGGUGGAUUUGGACCUUUUUCUCCAUGUAUCUGCGGAAGUGUUUUGGCCAGCAAUAAUAUCAUACUCACCUAGACGAAAGUCGUGGACCGAGCGUCG